AUGGCAAAAUAUCCACGCGUGUUUAUGGAUAUUACUGCUGAUGGUGAACCCAUCGGGCGCCUGGUAUUUGAAUUGAAUAAUCGAGUGUGUCCAAAAACUAGCGAAAACUUCCGACGUCUCUGUACUGGUGAGAUGGGUUACGGCUACAAGGGCUGCCAGUGGUAUCGGAUCAUACCUGGCUUUUGUGCUUGUUCUGGUGACUUCGAAACGCAGAACGCUGAUAGAUCAGGAGGCCGAAGCACUUUUGAUAAAAAAUACUUUGACGAUGAGAAUUUUGAAAUUCGUCAUAACAAAAGAGGCGUAUUGUCCAUGGACAACUUUGGCUGGCCUAACACUAACUCUAGUCGAUUCUUCGUCACCUUUACCGACACUCCGUGGAUGGACAAUUUCCACGUAGCAUUCGGAGAAUUGGUGGACGGUCUCGACGUUCUCGAUAAAAUGGAGAGUUACGGUGUUUUAGAAGGUUAUGGCGCACAAAAGGGUAGGACUACCAAAGUUGUCGUUACUGAAAACUGUGGGGAGCUCUGA